CGCGCGUCCGAACUCCCAUCCGACUAGAAAAGUGCCAGAGCGUUCUUGCGCACCUGAUAGUUCCUUCCAGAAACAUAAUACGAUUAUCCUUUUGCGUAACAUAUUAAAUUGCGGCCAAUCCCUACAACACCUCUACACAACCAUUCAGUUGAACGCAAUACAUCACCCACACACAUCAACAAGCAUCAACAAGCAUCACCAGUCAGCUAUCAACAUGGCGACUACCGUUUACGUCAAGAAUGUCGGCAGUCAGACAGAGGAUAAGGAGAUCAAGGACUUUUUCAGCUUCUGCGGCAAGAUCUCCUCCAUCGACAUCACCACCGAGGGCGACUUGAAGUCCGCCACCGUCACCUUCGAGAAGGAGACGGCCGCCCGAACCGCCCUGCUCCUGAACCACACCCAGCUCGGCGGCAACGAGAUCGCCGUCACGGGCGACAACGUGUCGACCCCGCCGCACGAAGCCGCCGCGGCGGGCGACGCCAGCGACGCGGACCGCGACUCGGUCCUGACGCAGGAGGAGAAGCCGCGCAGCCGGAUCCUGGCCGAGGUGCUGGCACACGGGUACCUGGUGGCGGACCAGGGCCUGCAGCGGGCGAUCGCGCUGGACGAGCAGCACAACAUCACGUCGCGGUUCGUGGGCACGCUGCGGCAGCUGGACGAGCGCACCCACGCCACCGACCGCGCCCAGGCCGCCUACGCCAGCUACGGCAACUACGUCAUCCCCCCGGCCAACUCGCUGCUCACCGGCCUGGGCUCCUACUUCGAGAAGGCCUCCAACACGCCCACCGGCAAGCGCAUCGUCGGCUUCUACACCACCGGCCAGCGCCAGGUCCAGGACAUCCACGCCGAGGCCCGCCGCCUGGCCGAGCUGAAGAAGGAGGAGACGGGCGGCAGCCUGUACAAGGGGCUGGGGCUGGACAAGGUCCUCGGCAGGUUCCAGCAGGGCGGUGCCGCGGGCGAGACGGCGGGGACUGCCGCGGCGGAGGGCUCAGAGAAGAAGGACGUUCCGGGUGGCGCGCCGGCCGAUGCGGUUGCCACCGAAUCCGCGGAGAAACCGAUUGCGCCGUCCGGGACGGGGAAUCCGGAGACGAUUCACUAGGCGGGUCAACUGGUAGGGGAUGCGCGAUGGUCUGACGAAGUAUGAGCAGUGCGGUUUAGUCUUGUUUCCUUAGCUGUGUGUGUUUGGGUUGGAAGUUACAGUAUCACUUGCUUUGUUGUUUUCUUGCACUGUGUCUUGGUAUCGCGGAAAUUGACAUGUGAACUUGUUCUUGUCCAUCGCUACGUCUAAUCCUGUUUGAGCAGCGAAUUACCCCCUAAUUUCCCAACCAUCCUCAUA